GAGGGGCGUUGGGUUUCCCUGAGGACCUUGGUGAGGUUCAGAGUAGUCAAGGGUCUCACAUCAGCACAAGGAGGAUCCAAACAUGUCGGACGCGGUGGUUAGUUUCCUGAAGGACUUUCUGGCAGGUGGCAUUGCCGCUGCCAUCUCCAAAACAGCUGUCGCUCCCAUUGAGAGAGUCAAGUUGUUGCUGCAGGUCCAGCAUGCCAGCAAACAGAUCACCGCUGAUAAGCAGUACAAGGGAAUCAUAGACUGUGUGGUGAGGAUCCCAAAGGAACAGGGCUUCCUCUCCUUCUGGAGAGGUAACUUGGCCAACGUGAUCCGUUACUUCCCCACCCAAGCCCUCAACUUCGCCUUCAAAGACAAGUACAAGAAGCUCUUCCUCGGUGGUGUGGAUCAAAAAACACAAUUCUGGCGUUACUUCGCCGGUAACCUCGCAUCUGGCGGCGCCGCUGGUGCCACUUCGCUGUGCUUCGUCUACCCGCUCGACUUCGCCAGAACAAGGCUCGCUGCCGACAUCGGCAAGGGCACAGCCGAGAGAGAGUUCACCGGUCUCGGAAACUGCAUCAGCAAGAUCUUCAAAACCGAUGGCCUCAGGGGUCUGUACCUUGGAUUCAACGUGUCAGUGCAGGGCAUCAUCAUCUACAGAGCGGCCUACUUCGGAUGCUUCGACACAGCUAAAGGUAUGCUGCCAGAUCCCAAGAACACGCACAUCGUCAUCAGCUGGAUGAUCGCCCAGACUGUCACCGCUGCAGCUGGUAUUAUCUCAUACCCCUUCGACACCGUCAGACGUCGUAUGAUGAUGCAGUCCGGACGCAAAGGAGCUGACAUCAUGUACGCGGGCACAAUCGACUGCUGGAGGAAGAUCCUCAAAGACGAGGGAGGAAGAGCCUUCUUCAAGGGUGCCUGGUCCAACGUGAUCAGAGGCAUGGGUGGUGCCUUUGUGCUGGUGCUGUAUGACGAGAUCAAGAAGUUCACAUAAUAAACUUUCUAAUCUCCCAGUCCUCAAGGAAACCUGUCACGUUGUUUUAAGUCUUAAUUCUUGUGAUAGAGUGAUAACAGCUUGUGGUGAAUUACAAUGUGGGCAUGUACAGGUAGGUAUACUUGACCCGGGUGAACAUGCCUCCUCAGAAAUCUGUAUAUAUCCCAUCUACGACGCACACACACGUCUUUCAGUGUGACAGUCAAGCCAGUGUUUCAGUGGAGAUGUUGUAAUGAUGCAGAAGAUGACGUCACUACCCAUCCUAUGUCAGAGUCAGUUAGUAAGGCAGUUGCUGAGGCCCAUGUGUUGUUAUGUUGUGACACCUCACACAUUAUUUUAUUAAAAAUAAAGAUUCAUCAGUCU